UUUCUUUUCCUCUUGUUCUUGGAUCUGGUUCCGAAAGCGUAAUGAUGACUCCUGAUUUGACCCAUGAGCAGUACUUCCCUCUUCCUUUUCCCUUACUCUCUGGCAAUCCCAGAGUGCACACACCCCAGUGACGAGAGUCACCUCUAUGUAAACCUGCCUUUUGGCUCACAGGCACACAAACUGUGCAACACUUGUCAUCCCAGCACUCAUCCACCAGCACUCUCAGCAGCCAUGACUUCAAUCCAACUUUGCAUCAUGUCCUUGAUUUUGACAACUCAGCUCUUUCUCAUCUCAUUCGUCAUUUCUGACCAAAAGAUUGACUCCAGGCAAUUAAGAGCUUUCCCAGCAGCCAAACAUAGCAUUGCUGGAGUAUCCCAGGUUACCUACAUAAAUCACCUCAAGGGGCCUGAAUAUGCCUUCAAUGCUUCUGAGGCGAGGGAGCUUUGCUCGUCCCUGGGAGUGCACAUGGCCUCCAAAGCACAAGUACAGAAAGCAAUGAGACUGGGCUUGGAAACAUGCAGGUUUGGAUGGACUGAUGAACAUGUUGCAGUCAUUCCCCGCAUCAAAGCAAGUGCAGCAUGUGGUCAAAACAAGACUGGUCUGUUGGAGUGGCGAACAUCGGUCACAAAAAAAUUUGACGUGUUCUGCUAUAAUGAAUCAGAUGCGGUAACACAAUUGAAGGAUACCAUGGCUGAUAGCCCUCUGACCGGCAGGGAUGACCUGGAGCAUGCCCUUUUUCUUCCUAAGGCAACAACUGCCACCUCUGACCUCCAGUCCACCACUCAUUCCACAUCCUUCCCUCUCAGUAUGUCCUCCUCUACCUUUCUCCACUCACACCCAGACAGCAUAGAGGCAGCGCCACCCCAGAUGAGGAGCAGUGCACAUGGAUCGAUUCCAGUGCUGGCAAAGACUUUGCUUAUCGCCUCAGCCUGUGCCCUUCUGCUGAUUGCAGUGGCCAUCGUUGUUUAUGUGAAAUUGAGUAGGAGCUGGGAUGUGAAGCAGCAGGAGGAGCACAUUGAGACAGAGGAGUGGACGAUAUGUGUGAAGGGCUCCAAGAAAGAGGCUCAGGAAGAGGACAAGACAGACGAGGACAACAACAAUGCAAGAUAAAUGAUAUAUUUUGAGGAGACACCAAACUGACAAAAAUGGACAAUGAAGUGUAAUGAGAAAAUGAAGUGUCCUUUGAUGUGUGUUAUUGUGAUGUAAAAAAAAAAAAAAAAAAAAAAAAAAAAAAAGGACAACAAAAAAUUUAUUUUUGUAUAUAUACCUUGCUGAAAUUAGUCUCAGUUAUUUGAUAUUGUGAAAUACUGAGCUUAAAGGGCAUGUAGUUUCAAAGGGGAGGGUGCACCACUUUGUUAUGAUAUGGUAAAAGAUUAUGAGUGCCACUUAAUUCUCAAAGAAUUGAACUAAUACAUGCUACAUGAGUUUAGCACAGCUUUUUUACCCCAUUACAACCCAAAUUCUACACAUUUUUUA